AUGAAGGCCGAGAGCCUGCCGAUCCGCCUGGCUGCGGAAAAGAAGCUUGUUGUGGCGCUCGGGAACACCAUGAAGUGUCUCCAGGACACUUCAAGGAGUUUUGGUGCGCUUGCAAGGGCACUCCACUGCAUGGCUUCCACAGAACCGUUGGACUACAGAUCUUUAGCACUGAAUGGCGCAGCUAAUGCCCGUCACUUUGAGGAUCUCUUUAGUGAGGUAGCAAUUAGUUUGAAUGCCGGGAGACUUGCAUUCUUACAAAUCUCAAAGUCAGUGAUUAAGCGCGCCAUGGCUGGAUUUAAGACUGCCACAAAAUUACACGGCACAGCGUCAGCAGAGCAAGCCAGCGAGAUCAUAUCGACAUGCACAGACUUCGAGGAGGAGCACAUCCGGGCUCUUCGAUCAUGCUUUGAAGGCCUGGCACGCCUGGCUAAAGCCACUGGGCAAUCUGCUCUAUCGGCAGAAUAUCUGACAAUUGCAUCUGGUUUCCGGCCCGAGUCGGCCAAAGCGAUUACGCUAAAUCGGUAUAGAGGCCUCGUCGGGGAGGCCAACACAGUUAACAGAGCAAACACUCUCAUUCUCGAUCGGCCUUCUGAAAAGCAUGACGAGAGCAUCAUGAGCACGGGGGAGUACAUAUUCAACUCGCAGGAUCGGGGCAAGAAAUACCAAGCGAGCAGCGCCACUGGAGUCAACACCGAUCUACGCCAGAAUCAGCAUCUAUCAGCAGGACACCGAGCUCGCGUGUUUCAGGUACCGACUUAG